ACGCGACAAACCAUCACUCGCAUACACUGUAGCUUAAUUCUCUCCGCUCAUUGCGUCACACAAGAGGUUACGGGAGGCAUUUUUGUAUCUUUUUCCAAAGCUGAAACGCAAUCGACAAUAUUACGAUGGUAGACUUUGGCAUUUUUUGUUUUUCUCUGCGCUUCUUCCCUACUUCAUGCCAAGGUGGUGACUGCAGUGGAUGGGCAGAACGUGCCAUGCUUCGUUUCUAAUCCACAAAGUGGCCGUCUGCUCGGGGAUAUUUCGCUAAUAAGAUGUAAGGACCAAAAAGCAGCCCCACCAGUCUUUUUCCUAAAAACCAACAUCUUCUUCACAAAAAUGCAGAAGGGAAUCCGACUUAAUGAUGGUCAUGUCACCUACCUGGGUCUUCUGGCAAAGAAAGAUGGCACGAGGCGAGGCUGUUUAAGCAAAAAGAGCUCUGACAACACGAAAUGGCAUACGAAGUGGUUUGCUCUUUUGCAGAAUAUGCUUUUCUAUUUUGAGAGCGAGUCCAGCUCGCGACCCUCGGGAUUAUACCUAUUGGAGGGAUGUGUGUGUGACAGGUCGCCCUCACCCAAACCUUCACUGUCAGCCAAGGAAUGCUUAGAAAAACAGUAUUAUUUCACAGUCAGCUUCAACCAUGAGAAUCAGAAAGCCCUGGAGCUUCGUACAGAAGAUGUUAAGGACUGUGAUGAAUGGGUGGCAGCAAUAUCACAUGCCAGCUACAGAAACCUGGCUACUGAGCAUGAAACGCUCAUGCAGAAGUACCUCCAUCUACUCCAAAUCGUGGAGACCGAGAAAACAGUUGCUAAGCAACUUCGACAACAGAUAGAAGAUGGGGAGAUUGAGAUUGAACGGCUAAAAUCAGAGAUCGCUGGAAUGCUCAAAGACAAUGAGAAGAUUCAGUCGAAUCCCACCACAGCCCCUAGUGAUGAUGAUUGUGAGAUCAAGAAAAUCAAGAAAGUUCAGAGCUUUCUGAGGGGCUGGAUGUGCCGGCGAAAGUGGAAGACCAUCAUUCAGGACUACAUCCGUUCUCCACAUGCGGAAAGCAUGAGGAAGAGGAACCAGGUCGUCUUUAGCAUGCUGGAGGCAGAGGCAGAGUAUGUCCAACAGCUCCACAUCCUCGUCAACAACUUCUUGAGACCGCUUCGUAUGGCUGCCAGUUCCAAGAAACCACCCAUAACCCACGAUGAUGUCAGCAGCAUAUUCCUCAACAGUGAAACCAUAAUGUUUCUACACCAGAUAUUCUAUCAAGGGUUGAAAGCUCGGAUAGCAAGCUGGCCAACAUUAGUCUUGGCUGACCUCUUUGACAUCCUGCUGCCGAUGCUUAACAUCUACCAGGAGUUUGUGCGUAAUCACCAGUACAGUUUGCAGAUCUUGGCCCACUGCAAGCAAAACCGUGACUUUGACAAGCUGCUUAAACAGUAUGAAGCCAAGCCUGACUGUGAAGAGCGCACCCUGGAGACCUUCCUCACCUACCCCAUGUUCCAGAUCCCCCGUUACAUACUGACCCUCCACGAGCUGUUAGCACAUACACCGCACGAGCAUGUGGAGAGGAACAGCUUGGAUUAUGCCAAGUCAAAGCUGGAGGAGCUUUCCAGAAUCAUGCACGAUGAAGUAAGCGAGACGGAGAACAUUAGGAAGAACCUCGCCAUCGAGCGUAUGAUCGUGGAGGGCUGUGAGAUCCUCCUAGACACCAGCCAGACCUUUGUCAGACAAGGAUCCCUGAUCCAAGUGCCCAUGAGUGAGAAGGGCAAGAUCACCCGUGGUCGCCUGGGCUCUCUCUCACUGAAGAAGGAGGGUGAGAGGCAGUGUUUCCUCUUCUCCAAACAUCUGAUUAUCUGCACUAGAGGUUCUGGAGGAAAACUGCACCUCACCAAGAAUGGAGUGGUGUCACUCAUCGACUGCACACUGAUAGAGGAGCCAGAGGGCACGGAUGAUGAGUCCAAGUCAGACAAGAGUGGUCAGGACAUGGAGCACCUGGAUUUUAAGAUUGUGGUGGAGCCCAAAGACAGCCAGUCCUUCACCAUCAUCCUGGUGGCCUCCUCACGGCAAGAGAAGUCAGCCUGGAACAGUGACAUCAGCCAGUGCAUAGAUAAUAUUCGUUGUAAUGGGCUGAUGAUGAACGCCUUUGAGGAGAACUCUAAAGUCACUGUGCCCCAGAUGAUCAAGUCUGAUGCCAGUCUAUACUGUGACGAUGUGGACAUCCGCUUCAGUAAGAUGAUGAACUCGUGCAAGGUGUUGCAGAUCCGCUACGCCAGUGUGGAACGCCUGCUGGAGAGGUUGACCGACCUGCGCUUCCUCUCCAUCGACUUCCUCAACACCUUCCUGCACUCCUACCGUGUCUUCACCAGCGCAGACGUAGUGCUCGACAAACUCAUCACUAUAUACAAGAGGCCCAUCAGUGCUAUACCAGCACGAUCCCUGGAGCUGUUUUUUGCCAGCAGCCAGAACAACAAGCUCCUCUAUGGAGAGCCUCCUAAGUCACCCCGCGCCAGCCGUAAGUUUUCCUCCCCACCCCCACUGGCCAUCACCAAGACCUCAUCACCUAACCGCCGCCGCAAACUCUCCCUCAACAUCCCCAUCAUCACUGGUGGGAAGGCACUGGACCUGGCUGCCCUUAGCUGUUCCUCCAAUGGCUAUGCAAGCAUGUAUUCCACCAUGUCCCCUUUCAGCAAGACCACACUGGACAUCAACAAACUAUAUGUUUCCAGCCCUAUCACCAGUAAGAUCCCUGAUGAGGGUGAGGGCAAGACAGACAAGGCUGAUGAGCUGUCUCUGUGCAAACAGGACAUUUCAGUGAGAGAGGAGAGCGACAAUGACCAGAUCCAGGAUGAUGAGGCAGAGGCUGAAGUGUCACCCACCAAGUCCCCCACCACUCCAAAAAAUGUCAAAUGCAAAAAUUCCUCAGAAUUCUCUCUGUUCUCUUACAAUAAUGGCAUGGUGAUGUCGUCCUGCCGGGAGCUGGAUAACAACCGUAGCGCCUUGUCUGCCGCUUCUGCCUUUGCCAUCGCCACUGCUGGUGCCAAUGAGGGCACACCAACCAAGGAGAAGUACCGCCGCAUGUCUUUGGCAAGCACAGGGUUCCCCACAGAUCAGAGGAACGGAGAUAAAGAGUUUGUGAUUCGUCGAGCAGCAACUAACAGAGUUCUCAAUGUCCUCAGGCACUGGGUAUCCAAACACUCACAGGACUUUGAAACCAACAAUGAGCUAAAAAUGAAGGUGAUUAGUUUCCUGGAGGAAGUAAUGCAUGACCCUGAACUGCUGACCCAAGAAAGGAAAGCUGCAGCCAACAUCAUAAGGACACUGACACAGGAGGAUCCUGGUGACAAUCAGAUCUGUUUAGAGGAGGUGCUACAGAUGGCGGAAGGAGGAAAGGCAGAGCCUUUCGAGAAUCAUUCAGCUCUAGAGAUUGCAGAGCAGCUCACGCUGUUGGAUCACCUUGUUUUCAAAGUCAUACCAUAUGAGGAGUUUUUUGGUCAAGGAUGGAUGAAGAACGACAAGAAUGAGAAGACUCCUUACAUCAUGAAAACGACAAAACACUUCAAUGAUAUUAGUGACCUGAUUGCUACGGAGAUUCUGCACAGUGAGGAUGUGAAUUUACGAGUAGCAGUGAUAGAGAAGUGGGUGGCGGUUGCCGAUAUCUGCCGGUGUCUCCAUAACUACAAUGCCGUGCUAGAAAUCACGUCAUCACUCAAUCGCAGUUCCAUCUUCCGUCUGAAGAAGACCUGGCUCAAAGUGUCCAAACAGACCAAAACAGUCCUUGACAAGCUGCAGAAGUUGGUCUCAUCUGAAGGAAGGUUCAAGAAUCUCAGAGAGGCCUUAAAAAAUUGUGACCCUCCAUGUGUGCCAUAUUUGGGAAUGUACCUCACUGACUUGGCCUUUAUUGAGGAAGGGACCCCCAACUACACAGAAGACAGCCUGGUCAAUUUUUCCAAGAUGAGAAUGAUCUCACAUAUCAUCAGAGAAAUCAGACAGUUUCAGCAAACGGCAUACAAGAUUGAUUACCAGCCAAAGGCAGCACUGUAUUUACUGGACAGAAACUCAGUAAUGGAUGAAGAAGGCCUAUAUGAAGCCUCUCUCAGAAUUGAGCCGAAAGUGCCCAACUGAGAGAUAGACUCUGCAUAAAGUCUACACAAUGUACAGACACCAUACUCUCUAUACAUCCAUGUGUUGUUAUAUAUUACAUGAUUAUUACUCCGGAAUGUGUUUCUUUGUUUUAAGUUGUUACCAAAUGUUGCCUAAUUGUUUCAGAUUGUGUGUUUUUUUCCCAUCGCAACAAUUUCUUCCUCAGUUACCACCUUUAAGGAAAAAGUUUGUUGUUGACAGUAAUUAUAACAGAAUUUAAUCUGACAGUAACAACAAUUUCAGCUGUCUAUUUUGAGGCUUGGUUGUCUCUGUAAUUCCUACCUGGGGUAAUAAUAUUCUUCAGGCUCAUCCACAUCACCUCCUAAAUGAAAUAUUAAAAGUCGGCAGGAGCGUUUUGAAAUGUUAAUAGCUGCAUGUAACUUAUUUACAGUAUAUGCAUAUCAUGUAGCAAUAUGGAAAGCAGAUAUAUUACUGUAUACAACCGAGAAUAUUGAAACAAUUAUACUGUUAUACUAUUAUAUUCCAGGGCACAUGUCACUGUACGUAACUAAACCAAUUCCAGCAUCUUUACAUCCAUUUGUUGCGAUACUUUUCAUCCAUCCCCUGCUGUCACAAGGGAUUGGUUUGACUAAGUAUGUCAUCACUUAGUAAAGCAGACAGUUUAUAGUUUGCUGACAAAGUAAUUACAUCACAUGACAUUAAAAAGACAUGGUAUAUCCUUCCUACUGGCCUAUAAUGAUUUUGAUCCGUUCUUGCAUGUGGAAUUUGUCAUCUUCUGUUACUACUUGCAACACUGUAACCUUUGUAUGACUUUUUUUUUAUUAUUAUUAUUAUUUGCUCAACCCAAAAUUAUAGAAAAGACUAUUUCUUUACAAAAGGAAGCAAAGAUUAUUAGAUCAGAAUUCGAUAUGAUA